CAUUGUUGGUCCCGAGGCUUUUUGUGGCACGUGCUACAGCCUCGGGAGUCGGAACCAAACAAAGGAAAGAACCCAGCCACUACGCUCCACUUCCCAUUCAGCUAUUCUCUUUCUUCCUCGCAACCAUGGCGAUCCGACGGCCGGAAGUUGGGCUCCUGAUCCCGAUUGAACGACCCUGGCCUGAUGUUGGGAUGGCCACUCUGGGUGUCAUCUUUCUCGUGCUGGUGCAGCACUCCUCUCCGCUACCGUUGAGACAUCUACUCCGAGAGGUCGUUGAAAAAGUCAACGAAUACGGACCGUUCAUUGGAGUAGUGAUGGCAUACUCCGCGGAAGAAGAAGCUCUUAUUUCCUCCGGAUUCUUCACCCCUAACUUGCACGUGCCAUGGGUAGAUCUGUCUGGAAGGAGGUUCCACAUCGGCACCAUUUCGGACGUGGAUGUCAUUUACGUUAUGUCGGGGCAGCGAAGGUUGAAUGCAGGAAUUACAGUGCAAAUACUCAUAGAUGUCUUUGAUGUUCGCGGAAUUGUUCAUUAUGGAACUGCUGGAAGUGCCAACGAUUCAAUGUCAUUUGGUGAUGUUAGUGUGCCCAAGUUCGUCGCCUUUACUGGUUCUUGGAACUGGGUGAAAUUCAAUACUGCCGAAGGCGGGAAUUUGACGGAACUGAGCUUCGGGACGUACAAUCUGCCGGGCGGAGGCGAGAAUAGGCUGGCAGAAGUGGAGUUCAAAGCAGAGGAAUUCUACUGUGUUAACAGGUCCAUGGAGGAGGUCUUUUGGCUUGAGAUGGACACUACAUGGUUUCAAAUCGCUGGUCGGCUGAAAGAUUUGAAAUUGCAACGAUGUGUAAACGAAACAUACUGCCUGCCCAAAUCUCCCAAAGUAGUCAUCGGACUGAAAGGCUCAACCGCAGAUAUAUUCGUGGACAACGCCGCAUACCGAGAUUUUCUUUUCCGGAAAUUCAAAGUCUCAACCGUCGAUGAAGAGAGCUCUGCUGUUGUAAUGACAGCAAUGUCUAGCGGGGUGCCUGCUAUGGUGUUCCGGGGAGUGUCGGAUUUGGCGGGUGGAGGCACUAACUGGACAUCGACGAGCCUGAGUUCGAUAGCGGCAUCCAACAGCCUCACGGUUGCGGUUGAGUUCAUACGAUUGAUCGGGAGUGAGAAGCUGAUUGGCAGGAACUGAAGUGGGCCUCUGUUAAUCCGUAGGCAGGCAUCAUGGCCGUUAAAUCAUUGAGAUGUGUACGGAUGGAUUGACCACACGUCUUGUACUUCUCAAUGUUUAUUGAAUUAUGUAGGGACGUUUUGGGCUGUUUAUCUGAUAAUAAUGUGCUUCUGAAAAAGUACACUCCUGAAAAUGGAAUCAUAUUUCAGGCAAAUUCUAAAGUCUGGUAACCUGAAAAAGGGUGAGAAAUGAAUU